GGCAGGCUGGCACAGCGCGGACGGACUGGAGUGGAUCCGGGAUGCGGACAGAUGCCGCUGGACGAUGAGAGAAAGUGGAGUGAGACGCACUGAGCCGCAGCCGUGAGACAGCGCGCCGCAAAAUGAAGACACCUAUGCGCCAUGGGAUAGCUGUGCUCCUCGUGCUCCUCCUGUGCGCCAGCUUGUUCCUCGUGUACAACGGCAGCUUCAACGGCGCUUCCAGGGACGCUAACGACACGCACAUCCGACAGCAUGAACAGCUGCGGCGGCCCACUGAAGCUCCCGUCAGGGUGGCCAAGCCUCACCCUCCGGUCCUCCAGGGAUACAGUGGCAUCAUCGACCAUAAGCCUCCCAGGAUGCACUGCCAGACCUGCGCCCUGGUGACCAGCUCAGGUCACCUCAUCGGAGGCAGCCGGGGUGAAGAGAUCGACCGGGCCGAGUGCGUCAUCCGCAUGAACGACGCCCCCACCUCCAGAGGUUAUGCCCGAGAUGUCGGCCGCCGGACCUCCCUGCGCGUCAUCGCUCACUCCAGCAUGCAGAGGGUACUGCGGAAUCGCCACGAGCUGCUUAAUGCCAGUCAGGACACAGUGUUCAUCUUCUGGGGCCCCAGCAGCUACAUGAGGCGCGACGGGAAGGGCCUGGUGUACAACAACCUGAGGCUGAUGAACCAGGUGCUGCCCAAACUCAAAGUCUACAUCAUCUCCUGGCAGAAGAUGCUGCAGUUUGACGAGCUCUUUAAGAAGGAGACCGGCAAGGACAGAAGGAUAUCAAACUCCUGGCUGAGCACCGGCUGGUUCACUAUGACCAUCGCCCUGGAGCUGUGCGAUAGGAUCAAUGUCUAUGGCAUGGUUGCCCCUGACUUCUGCAGGGAGCCUCAGCACCACUCCGUCCCUUACCACUACUACGAGCCACGUGGUCCAGAUGAGUGUGCUAUGUACAUCUCUCAUGAGCGUGGGCGGCGGGGAAGCCAUCACCGCUUCAUCACAGAAAAGCGGGUCUUCGCUAACUGGGCACGGACUUUUGACAUCCACUUCUACCAGCCGGACUGGAGCCCCCCACCUCUCCCAGCCAACCAGACCCUGGAAGGGACGGUCACAGCGGCGCCCCUGGUACCCCAGAAGACGUGACCUGUGUUGGGAAGGAGAACAGGCCUUAGAGAUGUAUCUAAGAAAGACUGAGAAUGGGGAACGUUUGCAUUGAGGGCUGCUGGACCCUAAAAAGAAAGGGUAAACAUGAAGUAGGUGAGGAAAAUUAUUAUCCCAGAUGAGGACCGAUACUUGUUGAUCCUGCUGGACAUUUGUUCUGAGCAUUUCUCCAGCUCCACCACUGCAUCUCCAGCAGUGUGUUCUGUUUACCAGUUCAAAGUUGUACAUGUUUUGUACAACUCUGUAAAGUGAGUUUAUAAAGGAGGCAACACAAUUACAUACUCCACUUUCAGUGCAUGCAUGCAGUGUCUUACUGUGGAUCCUCCUUGUCUUUUGUAUGUGUGUAUGAGUGUGUAUGUGCUGGAUGUUUACCUGAGGGAUCACAGAGGAUACAAGCUUGAGGUUGGGCUCUCCACAAAGCCUCCAUUGGGUGAAGGAUCUACGCAGGAUUCACUGCUUACAGUUCACUGAAAGAAAAAUACCAUCACAAUGCCUGAAAUCUAAUAAUGUAGUGCUGGCAACAGUGCAAGCUGAAUACUAAUAAUAGUGUAGGAAAAUUUGGCUAUUUGAAGUGUGAAUCACUGUUCAGAGUCAUAUUCUUCUGCAGUUUUUCAAAAUUGAGGAGGUCAAGUAGGAUGAGAUUCUCUAGACUCCUGUGUCGUGUAACAAAGGCUCAGACACGUUUAAAAGCAGGAAUGAAUCACUACCCCGACUUUCAUUUUUACUGCCUUUCAGAUGUGAGUGCAUUGUAAGCUCACUAAAGUGUCACCCAAGUCAAACUUUGCAAUGCAGCAACUUCCUGGCUGAGUGACAAGUGUGUAACAUUAACCGGGAGGCUAUGUCAUGUGUGUGCACCUCCUCUGUCCCGCCCAUACGUGUAUCAUAAAGCUUUGUCGGCUCCUGUCACCACUUAAUAGCGCAAUUUAUAUAGCUACAAGCUGGAUUUCCAUGUAAAUGCACAGCCAUGUCACACAAGACAAGUGGAAGAUUAAAAUCGAGAGCAGGGCUGCAGCAGCGCCAUCCAUCCUACUAUACAGUAUUCAUCUGCUGCCUCUUCCGUGAGCCUGAAUAGCCUCGCAGGAGAAUUACACCGUUUUUUGUUAAACUGAUGAGUAUGUGAUCUGUCAGUCCUCUCCUCUCUCCCUCUCAAUUGUGUUUUAUGUGCACUCUCCUCUCAUCUGAUGGAGUAUAUGCUGCUUGUAGACUGCCCCUUCCUCUUUGAGAUCUCCUAUUUUCCCCCUCUUCUCUCCUCCAUGAAUAAGAAUCAGGUGUCGGUCUGAAGAAAGUGAUGAGACAUGUGGUUAUCUUAAUGACACAUCCUGGUGCUAAGUCCCUAUUGAUUUUGCCCUCAUCUCUGUAAUGUGAGUAAUGAGAGGAGGGAUGCUGAGGGUCAGAUACAUAGGUGCUCACACCAUGAGGACAUGUUUCACAUUGCGUUUCCUCGGUGGAGACGAGGACGCGAUUACUUUUCAUACAUCACACACAGCUGCAGGAGGGGUGCUACUGUACUGAGAGUCCUGCUGCUGAAUAGCCAGAGAUAUGUUUGUUUUCUAUAAACUCAUCUGCAAAUGGCUGUGACCAACGGUCUGUAUGAGCAAAAUGAUAAGCACUUGAAUAUUUCUGGGGUUUGCCUAAUUAACUGAGUCUCAGUUUGUCGUUUGGGGCUGCAACUAACUGCUGUUUUCAUUUCAGAUUAAUUGUUUAGUCUAUAAAAUGUCAGAAAAUAGUGAAAAAUGCCAAUCACAAGUUCCCAGAGCCCAAGGUGACAUUUUCAGAUUGCUUGUUUUGUAAAAACAACACUCUAAAACCCAAAGAUACUCAAUUGGCAGUGAUAUAAAAGAAAGCAGUAAAACCUCACAUCUGACAAGGUGAAAACAGUGGAAUAUUUGGAAUCUUUGCUUCGUGAAUAACUUAAAGGACUAGUUUGAAAUUUUGGGGGAUGUGACUAUUUCCAUUCUUGCAGAGAGUUAUAUGAAAGGAUUGAUUCAUCUCUUGUGAAUACAGAUUCAGCAGCCACUUAGUGUAGCUUAGCUUAACAUAAAGGGGAACUCAAGUCCCGCCACAUAACCUCCCCAUAAAACAUAAAAUUGUGUUUUUUACAUUAUAGAUAAAAAGAUAUAAUACAUACAUAAAAAUCAGUAAGCUAUAGAGGUGGUUGAAGCAGGUGCAACCAGCAGUUUCCUCUCUCUAUUCUAAGUUAAGCUAACUGGCUGCUUAUUCCAUAAACAUUUACUGUAAAGUCAAUCUGAACAUCUAACUCUCAACAAGACAGCACAUUUCUCAUAAUAUCCAGCUAUUCCUUUGAAACAAUUGUUGCCUAUUCAUUUUCUGUUGAUGGAAUGAUUGACUAAUCAUUUCAGCACUGAUGUUGUUAAUCUGUUUUUCUUUCACAUGAUAGAAAUGUAUCA